UCCUGUUGAUGGAAUUUUGAGGGUGCUGAAGAUGUUGCCAGUGAUCUCCAUCCAUCGUCUUUGUUGGGUUAGGCUUCAGAGAAGAAUCUGCCUGAACCAGCCAGUGGGAAGCAGGCAGCACUCUCAGCAUAUGCACAUCAGAGUUGGAGACCGGGCUGAACUCAGCAGGGCCUUCACACAGAGGGAUGUGGUUGCCUUCUCAGAAUUAACGGGGGAUGUCAAUCCUUUGCAUUUAAGUGAAGAUUUUGCAAGCACCAAGUUUGGAAAGACAAUUGUACAUGGAGUUUUGAUUAAUGGACUUAUCUCAGCUCUCCUGGGUACUAAAAUGCCAGGGCCAGGCUGUGUGUUUCUUUCCCAGGAAAUUAACUUUCCAGCCCCUUUAUACAUUGGAGAAGUUGUUUUAGCUUCAGCAGAAGUGAAAAGGCUGAAACAGUUCAUGGCUGUUAUUGCUGUGUCGUGUGUUGUAAAAGAAAGUGAAAAGACUGUUAUGGAAGGCUGGGUUAAAGUUAUGGUUCCAGAAGCUCCCAAAUCCUGAAAUAUGUGUUUAAAGAUGCAAGUUCAGGCAUCGAUGUUACUGUUUCUGAAGAGCCUCUGAGGAAGAUGGGUUGCUGUUCUUCGACAAGGAAUGGCCAGCAGAUCCAGCAUUGCAUAUAGGGGAGGGGAGCAGGCAGCAAGGUGUUCACAUGCCCACUUUGUAAUUUGGCCUUUUGAUUUCCACAAACUUAAGUGUAUUUAUCAUGUCUAGGUUAGUAAAAUUGAAAAAAUAUUGGGAAUGUUAUCAUUUAGCUAAAGGUUCUACUUUUAGGAUUUCAAAUCUACUUUUAGAUUUUCAUUUGGAUGACACAAACCUAAUAUAUCUCUAUAGAAUAAAUUUCUCACUGAAUUUAUAACUAGCUAGUAUUUUUAUUGAAGGUAACAAUAGAUGUUGGGUCGUCUUUGAACACCUAUCUUUUACCAAUAAAUAUUCUUGAAUACUGUUCUUCAGCAGUUUCUGGGUCAGAGUUUUUUGUAAUUUGUUACUGUUUAUACCAAGAUGGCAUCUUGCUUAACCUUUAAGUAGUUCUUGCCUUUCAGAUGGUUUUCCUGCUCUCAGAGGUUUAUGUGCAGAUUUGUAAACUCUUGGUCUAAUCUGUAAAAUGGGGGUAAUAACACCACACAGGAUUGUUGAAGAUGAUAGACACAAAGAGCAAAGCACAAGGCUAGCCUGUGGACAGUAGCUACUACUGUUGUUCAUGCUCUCC